GGUCCUGACUGGUCACCCAAGUCCAAUUUGAACCAGUUUUUCUUAGGCCGGUUUUGGAAAGACAAAAACCUUGACAUGCUCGUCAGCAUCUGCUUCCCACCAGGACUAUCCAGAUACAAUCCAAUCGAACACUUGUGGUCUCCUUGUUCUAAAUGGCUGGCUGGAGUGUCUAUUCCUGCUUGUCUUCCGGACGAAACGGUACCACCUACCCUGCAAUCAAUUGAUGCAGAGCAGAGAGCUGAGAAGGAAAGAGCAGUCUUCAAUAAUGCCUUAGAUCGAUUGAAUAUGUAUUGGAAUGGCAAAGUGCAUGACAAUUUCCGGGUGUCAUCAAUUGGCAUACAAGGGACUGAUGGUUCUCAUGACAGACAGCUGAAACACACAGACUUUGAAGAGGUCAGAGAAAUGUUCAAGGCUCCUAUGAAGUCUAUCAAGAGUGACAAACAAAAGUGCAAACUACUAGAAGAGUGGAGGUACUAUGUGAAGCAUAUGGAUAGGAGAUGGGGACUGGUGUGUUUUCGAAAGGGAGCUUGCGGUGACAUGUCCUGUGACUGCACAACUGUUGAGAUGAGUGCCAAGAACGUCAUGAAACUGCCCAACAGUGACAGAUGGUUAAUACCACCAAUAACACCUGAUCCUGAAAAUCCUGGGCAUUGCAUGACAUUCCGCCAACUGUCCAAAGCAUUAGCUUUUAGUAGCCCAGAUCAGCAUAUGAAGAGUGUGAUGAAUGUCAGUUGUGGCAAAUGCAGGUUUGUCUUUACUAGUGAAUCCGAUCAAAAAAGCACAUAAAAUUGGUACACGGUGGAGUCAGGUGCUUGGAAAGUCAGACAGAAUCAAGCCGUCCAACGGAAAAGAAAGUGCACAAGUGUCCACUGUGUGAGGAGCACUAUCCGUCGAGGUACCAACUGAUGAAGCAUCAGGACCAGGAGAAGCACAAGUUAAAACGGGGAAGACCAGGAAAGACUGGAAACAAGUGACAGAACAGUGUU